GUAUUCCCGUACCCCGCAUAGGAAUCAUGAUUCCGGUCCCGGAUCUUAGGCACGUUAGUGUCCUUUGGUAUUAGCUGCUAUUAGGUCGUAUCUCGAGAAGACGUGUGCGGAGUAGCUUCUGACUCGAACCCGGCAGCCCGGUCCCAGUAAUUAAUACCUACCUAGUCAAUCGUCGACGUGCACCAACAUGGCAACUACAAUUUCGUCUCUAGCACUUCCGUCUUCGCGCACGAUUUCCUACGCCCUCACUACGGUAUCAUCCGAUCUCGACGCACCGACUGUCCUGCUUUCUAAUUCUUUAUGUGGGCCAUUUGCGACCUGGGACCGCGUUGUCCCGAAGCUUACCUCGAAGGGGUUGAACGUAUUGCGCUACGAUCAACCCGGGCAUGGGACCUCUGGCGUUCCAGCGGAUCUAUCCUCUACUAGCUUCCAUACGCUGGCCGACGAUGUUCGAGAGCUUCUUAACCACCUCUCCAUUAAGCGGUUGCGUGGCUGGGUUGGCGUUAGCAUGGGUGGCGCGACUGGCAUGAUAUUUGCCACCAAAUAUCCCAAUAUUAUCCAGAAACUUGUUGUUUGCAAUUCAUUAUCCUGCUCCUUCGCCAAUGCCGGGGCUACCGACGUGCUUGAGCCGAUGGUUACGAUGGCUCGCGGAACGGGUAAGAUAGAUGGAGUAGUGGAUGCCAUUCUUGUGCGUUGGUUUGGUCGUGCGUGGAUAGAUGCCAACCCGGACGAAGCACACCGCAUGCGCGAGGUGAUGCUCCAGACGAGCAUCGAAGGUUUCGAGACUUGCGCUGCGGCCCUCAGGAGCCAGGCGUUCGAUCUACGGCCAUCACUUACAGAAGUAGGCCACGGAAUCGACGAGGCGUUGUUCGUUGUCGGUGAGAAAGAUGCGGAAUUACGUGAGACUAUGCAAGAUCUGCAAAAGGGUGUCGAACGGGGACUGAAGGAGAAGAACGAGCAUGCUUCUGUAGAUUUGCAAAUCAUUAAAAAUGCCGGCCACGUCUGUUAUGUUGAUGGUUAUGACGAGUUCGUUGGUGUUGUCGCUCGUUUCUUAGACCAUUAGCGAGGACUGAGGAUAUUGACAAUGAGAAUCACAGCACAUCGCCGGGCACUUUCAGUAAUGUCGACGUAAUUGCAUGAUUCUUUAUAGAUACUACUUCGCCAAUGGCUUCAACAU